CGGCGAGGAGGGAGCGGGACCCGCUGCCAGGCGGAGCGGAGUCGCCCCGGCUCGGAGCAAUGGCUGCGCCGCCCAGGCUGCUCUGUGCCUCUUGGCUCGCGUUGGCGCUCUGGGCUGGUUUUUGUUCUGCAGUAUGUGUUGAAGUUCCCUCCGAGACAGAGGCUGUCCAAGGAACACACAUGAAGCUUCUCUGCAUCUCCUGCAUGAAGAGGGAAGAGGUGACAGCCAGCACGGUGGUGGAAUGGUUCUACAGGCCGGAGGGUGGAAAAGAUGAACCUAUCUACGAGUACAGGAAAGCCAACCAUGAAUUUCCAAGCCGCUUCAGUGGCCGGUUACAGUGGAACGGGAGUAAAGAUAUGCAGGAUGUAUCCAUCACUGUGUUAAAUGUGACCCUGAAUGAUUCGGGGAUCUACACCUGUAACAUCACCCGGGAGUUUGAGUUUGAGAUUCACCGACCUCUCUUCACCAGCUCCAGACUGAUCCACCUCACCGUGGUGGAGGAGGCUGGAGAAGACUUCACCUCUGUCAUCUCGGAAAUUAUGAUGUACAUUCUGCUGGUCUUCCUCACCUUGUGGCUGCUGAUAGAAAUGGUGUAUUGCUACAGGAAAGUCUCUAAGGCAGAGGAGGCUGCCCAGGAAAACGCGACAGACUAUCUCGCGAUUCCAUCAGAAAACAAGGAAAACUGCGCCGUGCCUGUGGAGGAAUAGCAGAGAGGAGCCAGCGGAACCAACGGCACCAAGGGGCUCUGAAGACAGAAGGACCACGUCAUGCCAGCCAGGUUUGAGGGGGAGCUCUGCGCCGUCGGGAGGAAAUACGGGGAAGUGUAAAUUCUCUUCCAUUUGCCUUGGACUCUGUACAGCCUUGACUUUGGCCUCAUGACUCCAUUCUGAGCUGCCAGCCCAUUUGCUAAAGGACUCUUCUUUUUGAAGCAUGCUGAGCAAAGGGCACAGGGGUGUGGGCAGCACGGCUCCUUCCCAAGUUUCAGCCCCAUCAUCACGUUAAUGGCUUUGUAAAUGUUGUCAUUUCUUAGCUGCUGUCACCACCACCUUUAUUUGCUAAAUAUGCUAGUUCUCCAUUGCAGAGGUAAAGGGUAUGUAUGCCAUGUUACUCUGCCCUGCAGGACGGAAUGAGGUCAUCUUAGGGUGAUCUGCCAUGUGUUACAGCCCAAGCAGCCUUCUCGGUGUUAAAACAGAAAAAAUUUAAUUAAUUAGCUGCUGCUUGGCAAGUUGCUCUGGACUCUGGGAUGCCUGCGCGCGGGCAGAGUAGGAUGAGGACUGUAAUGCAUUAGAACUGUUGAAAAUGUGUAGUAGGGAGGAUGAGUCCCUGUGCCAUGUUCACACUUGCUUCUGGAGGAGGGAACUGAGAAUAUAGAUCCUGAAAUACUGCUACUUUGGGAGGCAGUCUGAUGUAAGUAUAAGAAUCCCCUGUAUGGUCCCCCCGCCUUUCAUUGAGCAAGUGUCAAAAUUCUUAGUUUCUUCCAUUUGCCUUGCACAGCAGGUUUACUCUUCAAGUAGAUGGAGACAGAGUGACAGGAAUAACCCGCGGAGCUGUGUUCUGCAAGGACAGGCACGCCAGUAGGACGAGCUUUCCCGAAAGGAAAACAGCCUGAUGCAAGUAGGCAAGGAAAUGAAAUAGCACACACAGCCCUCCCAGGGAAAGGAGGGGCGGCUUUGUAAAAUGGUAGUACCUUUUGGAACUGUGACAGUCUUCUCAUACUAUAGUGUAGCACCACCUAGAGGAAUAGACAGAAAACGCUUAUUUUUUUCCUAGUUAAUCGUUAAUUCUUUCUUGCGAUAAUUAGUCACUGGUUUGACUAGUCAGCAUGCGAUGUAAGUCGUCCCCCACUGCACAGGAAUCGCACCGUAAAGUCAGUGUUUCCCAGGCAAACUUACCUUUUCUGUUGUAGUGGUCUAAAACCAGAGUAAAACUUGUUUCCUGGCCUCAAAUAUAGAUUAGUUGAGCUUAACAACUAGAAUUACAAGGAGAAAAAAACAAACAAACAAAAAAAAAAACAACAAACACAACAAACCCAAACAAACCAGAAGUGUUGGCCAGGGUGGAAUUGUACCCUAAGACAAGACAGAGGAAGGUUGUUUUGUUUCAUAUAGCAGACGUUGUUACAUCCCUGCUGCAAUGGAGCCUAUACUGCUUGCAAGAGUUGACAAACCGCUUCUAAAUAGUUACAAAGUGCUUGUGAAUCAAGGCAUGCUCCCACCUAUGGAAUUUCCUCUGCUUUGUUCUGCUGCUUUUUAUGUGUUGCUAAAAAUCACAGAAAUUACUCCGUGACACAGUCAGGCCCAGGCCAGCUCUCUAACUGGCACUUGUUCAGAAUUCCUGUUUUAGUGGUGAACUACCACACUGCAAUCUUCACAGUAGGAUCGCUCUCAAGUCUAGAGCCGAGUCCGGCAACUCGAGCGCAUUUUCCAGAUGAAGCACAUUUGUAGUCUGGGCACCGGUUCCUUAAAAGCUAAUAUCCAAAAGAGGAAAAAUCCAGUUGGAUGUCUUCAUUUGCCCUAAGCCACCUUGCCUGGCCUCAGGGAGAUUUUGGGCAUAAUCCUCACUCUAAACCCACAGCAACAGAGGAGGGACUAGAUUGUCAAUCCAGAGUUUCCGUCACUGACCACGGCACUGACGCCCCUGGUGAUUCUUAGGUAAGGUCAUGUAACCUCUCUCCCACUUCAACUCUGCUCCUCAGACCCCGUGAAGCAUUGAAAACUCUCUGGUGUCAUACUGUUCAGUCAAAAAAGGAGUAAAUGCAGAACAUUUUGAGAGCUACCUCAGGUGGUAAAGAAGGGCCAUCCUCUAGUCCUGCACCUUCCGGAUCUCACACGCAUCUUCACGAUGCUUUUUUUGGAACUAUCUUACACUUUUCCAGUUCCUGCAGAUAUGACUAUUGCCCUGUGGUGUUCUAGGUAGGAGAAAACAGUGUGUAACUUUUGCUCAAGGUUCUCAUAGCAAAAAAAAAA